AUGAGUGCUGUAUAUAUAAAAUAUCCAGAUGGCAAUAUUAACAAACAUAUUAAAUAGAAUGGGACAUAAAUGAGCUUAAGAUAUAUUUAUACAGGUAUUUAUAUUCAUCAAUUUAGAAAAUGGUCAUAAUUUACCAGAUUAUGAAUUUUGUUUGAUAAUAGAUGAAAAAAGUAAUUAAUUCAUAAGUAAAAAAUAAGAGUAAUUUAAUAUUUAUAUUUGAGUCUAAAUCCAGAAAUAACUUAUAAAUUAGUUGAUCUUAGAGAGAUGUUAAGAUGUUUUAAUUUUAUGAGACAGCAAUUAAUUAAAUAAGAUGAAGAGAUUAAAAAACUUAAAGAAGAUAUUUAGAAAAACUUAGAAUAAUAAGAAAAAGAGCUAAAAUCUAUAUUAAAUUAAGAAAAAUAAUGCUCAGAAGAUUUAAAAAAAAAAGUUAUUGAAUUGGAGUAAAGAAAUCAAACAUUGGAGUAAAGAAAUCAAGUAUUGGAGUAAAGAAAUCAAGUAUUGGAGUAAAGAAAUCAAGUAUUGGAGAAAGAAAAUUUGGAAAAUAAAUAUUAACUUGAUAGAUUUAUUUAAGGGCAAAAAAAUUAAUAUGAAUCUGAUAGAAAUAUCUAAGAGCAAAAUAAAAAUUAUUAAAAGUUAAAGGAUAAAUAUAAAAGUUAGAAAGAUAAAAUAUUAGCGAUUACGGAAGAGAAAAGUGCAUUUUAAUCUAAAAUUUCAUCUUUGUAGAAAGAUGUUUAAUACAAAGAUGAGUAAAUAAAAAAGACGGAAGAACUAUUAAAUAAAUCAGAAGAUAAACACAAACAAGAUUAAGAAUCAUAAAAAAAAUUGUUAGAGGAUUUAUUACAAAAAGAAAGGGAUCGAUAUAAAUGUUUAGAAGAUAGAUUAUAUACGUAACAGUAACCAGACUUAUUCAGAAGUUAAAAUCUUGUACAAUAAAUGGACCCAAAGGAUUUUGAAAAUAUGAAAUUUAAAUUGGAAUCUGAAAUUAAAAGGCUUGGUGAUACUAUUUUUGAUUUAGAAGCAAAACUUAUAAAAACUUCAGAAGAACUAGAAAAAAAAUAAAAAGAAAAUAAAAUAUUAACAGAAGAAAAAGAAGAACUUAAACUUUAAAAAUUAGAGGAUAGUAAAUAAGUUGAAGAGAAAGAAAUUCGUAUUAAAAAUUUGUUAUAAAUUAUUAAUGAGGAAGAUUAAUAAUUCAUUGAAAAAAAUGCUUAGAUCUAAAUACUUGAAGAUAAUCUAGACAAUGCUUUUAGAUAUCGUUUAAUGAGGAUAGUUGAAUUAAUUCCAAGAAGUUAUAAAGAUGACAUUAAUUUUGCAUUGGAGAAAUUAAUUAGUGAAAAAUUAUAUCAAAAAAAGGACAAACUUAUUGAUAAGGUGUAUAAAGUUUAUGAUCUACAAUAUAUGAAAGCUCAUGAAAAAGUUUUUUUGAGUUCAAGUAAUUUAGAUAUUAGAUCCACAAUUAUAAUAAAUCAUAAUAAAAAAUUAAAUGGCUAAUUAUCUCAAGAGGAAAUUGUUUGUGAAACAUCAGAAGAUAAUGAUAAUAGUAAAUUAAUAGAUUCUAUUCAUUUAUAUUUUUGUAAUUCUAUUGAUCAUUUGGGGGAAGAAUUAUAAAAAAAAAUUAAAACUGAAAAUUGUCAAAAAAUCUAUAUUAUAAAAGAAUCAUAUGAAAGUUAAUAAGAUGAACAUUUGUUGAAAGAAAAGGCUUUAGAUAUUUUAAGUGGAAAUAUUGUUGCAUAAAUAAUUUUGGAUAAAUUUAUUGAGGAAUUAAAAGAAAAAGGAAUAAAUAUCCCUUUUUAAUUUAAAUUCGCAUCUCCAAUGUUAUUUUCGGUUGAAAUUAGUUUUAAAUAGUUUUUUUUAGAAAUGAUUAAAAAUGGUAAUAUAGCAUAAGCACCUGAGGUCUUUUAAAAAAUUGUUAUCAAAUUCUGCUAAAUAGUUGAUGAGGAGAAUUCAAAUGAAUUCUAUAGUUACAUAAGGGAUAUAUAAUUGAGAAGACCCAAAGCUGCAGAAUAAAAUAAUGAUAAAAAAAUACAAGCAUAAUUUAUUUCAGAAUUUAUUGAAUUAAGUUUUUAAGACUAAUCAAGAGCUCCUUAUGAGGAAAUAAUCAAAGAAUUUAAUUCUUAUUAAGAAGAAGAAAGAUUGAAAGCCUUUAAUUAUUUAACUGAUUUAUUAAGUGACGUUUAUAAUGAUUUUCCUUUGGAAAAAGUAUUUAUAUUUACAUAAAUAUUAGUUUUAUCCUGCAUAUGAAAUCGACGUAAACGAUAUAAAUAAUAAACAAUUCUAAAAAUACAAUGGUGGAAAAAAUUAAUUUGAUGAUUCAGAAGAAGGUAAAUUCUUUUCUGCUCUUUCAUAUUAUUCUUUAAAAAAGACUUCAUUUAAAUUUUGUGUAUCUCACAUUCAAGGAAUUGGAAAUAUUUUAUAUGAUCCUAUGGUAUCAAGUUAUGAUGGUUUUUUGAACUGCUUUGAUCAAGGAUUAAAUGAAAUGAGAAAUAUUGAAUCUGCUUUUGUAUCAUCUGAUCCUGAUAAAGUUGGAACUCAAUACAUUAAAGCCUUAAGAAUAGAAAUUGAAUGA